UUGGCUGCGGCUCUCCGGGGCCAUUACGUUAUGCCUACUCCAAACACACACAGGCAGCUGGAGAGAGGGAAGACGUAAUGGUUUGAUUCCCUGUUGCACUUGCGAUGGUCGCCGUUCUGACAUUACUCGGCAAAUUCCUCGAUCGGGAGGUGCAAUGAAGGCGGGGGCAUCGUCCAUGUGGGCGUCAUGCUGUGGGCUGCUGAACGAGGUGAUGGGCACGGGCACGGUGCGGACGCAGCAGCCAGGGUUCGGAGCAGGGGCGGGGCCCUUCCGCUUCGCCCCCAGCGCUGGGUACUCCACCUACCCCCCCACCAGCUCAGGGAGCGCUGGACAGCUGUGCAAGGCCUGCGGACUGGCCUUCUCUGUCUUCAGACGCAAGCACAUCUGCUGCGAUUGUAAGAAGAGUUUCUGCGCCCUGUGCUCGGUGCUGCAGGAGAACCUGCGCUGCUGCACGACCUGCCACCUGCUGCGUGGCACAGCCUUCCAGAGGCCUCAGCUCAUGCAGCUCAGAGUGAAAGACCUGCGCCAGUACCUGCUGCUGCGUAACAUCCCCACCGACACGUGCAGGGAGAAAGAGGACCUGGUGGACCUGGUGCUCUGUCAUCAGGGGGCGAGGGAGACCCAGAGAGCAGCGCUGGAAGAGGAGGACGAGGAGGAGGAAGAGGACACACACGGAGAGGAGGAGGAGGAAGAGGAUGACGGGGGAGAUGAUACAGACAGUCUGCACUCGCUUCCCCACUCACGCGCCGCCUCACCCCCCUCCACCACGCGCUCCACCUCUGAACAGUCGGUCCUCUCCGCCUCUCAGGGAGACGUGCUCAGCCCAAGUGACAGCUCAGGGACCACCAGCCAGGAGCAUGAGGAUACUCCGACAGCGUCCCUCUUGAACCUGGAGCCCACUGAAAAUAUCAUAGAGGUCAGCCCGGCAACACAGAGGAGGAUCAGGGCCUCGUUGUCUGAUCUGGACAAUGAAGAGGCGAUAGAAAACCUCUCCGUCCGCCAGCUGAAGGAGAUUCUCGCCAGGAACUUUGUCAAUUACUCCGGCUGCUGCGAAAAGUGGGAGCUCCUGGAGCGAGUGCAUCGACUCUACAGAGAAAAUGAGCAGAACAGGAAAUCCAACGGUGUCAAAGCUCAGCUGGCGGCUGAUGAAAACUUGUGUCGCAUCUGCAUGGACGCCAUGAUCGACUGCGUGCUGCUGGAAUGCGGUCACAUGGUAACCUGCACCAAAUGCGGCAAGAGGAUGAGCGAGUGCCCCAUCUGCAGGCAGUACGUAGUGCGGGCUGUGCACGUCUUCAAGUCUUAAAACUCUGAGCGUGUGCGCGUCAGAGCGGCAACUCAGGCGUGCACGUGGCCCGAGCCCUGAAUUUUACCACUGAGGAUGAACUGCUGUGCAUGACGUCUCCCAGGGCCUAAUGCGGCAGCACGCCCGAGCAACUUUUCCGGUCUCUGAAACCAGACUGUUGCCUCUGGCCUACAACAGUUUGUCGUCCCACCCCUGCCCCCAACUAACUCAUGUCCCGGUCCCACUCCUCCUACCUGUUGGACUGUCAUCAGCUGACAACCGGGACAGUCGCUGUUUCUCUCUUUGGUCUGUUCAACACACAACAGAACCCCCUGCCAUCACUUUCUACUCUCCAUCCUCUGUUUAGCUAUUAGGAGAGGAGGUGGUCCCGUGGAUACCUGAAGUGGAUCGGGUUGUUCUGUGUGGCGGAGAGAGGCAGUGUUAUGAAAAAUAUAAGAUCCCAGGGUUAGAGUCAGUAUGGUUUACACAGUCAUGCCACAUGACGCCGUGUUAUCUCCCUCAGUGUUCUUUAGGAUGUGCAAUAUCAGAAAAAAAAGAGACUUAUACAUGUUUUUAAAAAAUGUCAAUUCGUUAAUCCCGACACCACAUGCACCAAGUCAUCUCGUCUCACAAACAGGAGGUGCCAAACGUCAUGCCUUUGAUUGAUAUUUGGGUUAGGACUUCACAGUAUAUGCAUCUCAUAACCAGCAAGCUUGGUGUGAUAGUUUACUCUUUUUUUUUUUUCUGUUUUCUCAAAUGAACUGUAGGAAAUAAAAGUGUGUACAUGUGUAAAUCCUUGAACACUCACUGUGUGAAUGUGUUUUGCCAUCUCCUCAUCUGAAAAUUAAGUGCACAGACGUGACUUCUGCCGUCUGCUGACAACAGUCGCACCGCUGCUUGAUCGCAUUGCGCGCCGCACUACAUCCCUGUUGCAUCAGUUGAGCGUGAAAAGUUCCUUCUUGACCUGUGAAACAGCAGUAUGUCAAAAAACAAGUCAAAACCCGGCCACAUUUCACGGUCUUCAUCAGCAGGUAGUACGAUCGCUUGUCAUGGGGAUGGUUCAGCUGACAUCCCGUUACCUAAAGUGGUCGUAUAUGACUCCCCGAGGAAGACCAUGAGAUGCAGCUGAAAGAUUAAGAAAAAGCUAUUAAGAGGACAUUGAGUUAAGAUACUAUUUUUAACUAUAUUUUAAAGACUCAUACCUGUUUAAUUUUAAAUAACUUACACCAAGCAAUACCAUUUAAUGGCAUUUAAGUCUACCAAGUGUCUUUGUUUGAUUGUGUUGUCCGUUAAUGUCGAAUCUUAGGUAGGUAACAGGUGCUACUUCCUCUUUUCUGAGUGUAACAUCGACAUUCCUUUGUCAUGUUGUCAAGGCGCCAUUCCACACAUCCAUCACACAGUGAGAGGUAGAAGAAACCUGGUUUACUUUAACCUGUUAUGCAAAUGAAACACUUUGUUUUCUUGUCAUGAGAUCCAGUUAACUCAGAUGUCACUGAAAUAUCUCUGUGUACAGUAUGCCUGUGGUAUGUUUUAAAAAAAAAAAAAAAAAAAAAAAAAAAAAGCUGAAUUGCUGUUAAGUGAAUCACAUAGAUAGUUUAUAUUGUUGUUUACUGAUAAGUUAUUAAAUGUAUAUUUUUCCAUGUACCCGGGAGACGAAAUGAUUUAAAACUCUAAUCAGUACGGAGGUAUAAAACUAUAAAAUAUACUGUUUUUCAGAAUGUAUUUCUGCUGGUUUUGGUCAGAAGAGUUCCUCGGUCCUCUGAUCGUGUCAGUCUCUCACCAUUAAAGUUGCGCCCUGGUCCUGCUUUCUAGCACUUUUUGUUGUCACCGGCUUCAGAUCUAAAACUGACACUGACACCAUGCACUGUAACAAACACUGUAACUCUGUAAGUCUGUUUGUCGAUGCUGCUGUUUCUCAAAGAUGUCAUUCAUGGGCAGCUACAGUAUUAUCAGAGCAGGAGGGUAUCAUGAGCACUCAUAAUCCUGGAUCUUUAUAUUUUGGAAUGUUGAACCUUUUUAUUUUGGUAAACGAGAGAAAAUGAUUUAUUAGAUUCAAUAAAAUUCAGUAUU